AAGACGUUGUUGACACCGUCUUCGAUGGGUUCAGGUCCAGGACCAUUUAGUCCUACUUAUAGUGAUAUAGCCAAACUUCCAACGCAUCCAAGUCGACGACAAUCAACCGAAUCACAAGGUAACUUUAGAAGAGAAGACCGAAUGAUGAAACGAGUGAUAUAUGAUCAUAAUCCAUAUGAUCCAUUAGAUCGAAUGGUAUGGAAGAUAGUCACUGAACAAAUGGUAGAUAUCGGAUUAAGAAGAAUUGAUCCACCAUUAUCUAGAAAUGCAGAAAAAGUGAAAAGUUCAGGAGGAGGGAUUGGAGAUCAAGCAAGAUAUCGAUUUAUAUUUUUAUUGAAAGAUGAAUGUCAAGAAAAAGAAAGUAAACCGAUGAUGUGUAAGUUGGUUCUUAAACAUAGAGGUCAACAUGAGGAAAAAGUUGUGGUUAGGAACUCGGGAGGUUGGCAAGAAUUGGAAAUGUAUUUGUUGGAUGAACAGGAAAAGGUUUUGAGAUGAUGCACUUUCAAGUGUGUUGAUGGUUUUUUUUGAUUUGUAAAUAUAUAUUUCUUUUUCGAAAGCAAACAAAAGAUGAAAAAGAUGCUUUGUUUGUGUAUAUAUACAAGAUGAUUUUUCUUUUUUUUGAAUUGUUUUCUUCGUUUUUAUUUGAUUUUUCUUUUUUUAAAAAAAUCACAACCUUGAUUCUUCUUUCACUUACUCUUUCUGUUAUUUUCUAACUUUUUUGAUUUUGAUUUUGAUUUCUAUUUAUUUUGAUCUUGAUAAACAAGAAAUCAAAAAAAUCAAAAAACAUGUUGUAUACCAUUUAUCUUUUUUUUUAUUAUCUUUUUUUUAUGAUCAAAUGUAAGAAGGACACACUUGAAAAAAUUUUCUUUAUAUAAAUCGUUUUGGUUUUUUUUUCUCUUUUGGAUUUAUUUUUGUACGUACAUGAAUUGAUUUGAUUUGAUUUUAGAAAUAUAUAAUACGAUUUAAACGAU